AUGUCUUGGCCAGUUCCUUUUCUUUGGCUUUUCAUUUCUUUAUUCAUGCAUGCAGGGUUAGGUGGUGACUCUGAGCAAUAUGAACUGCAUCGACAAAGAAGAAAUACUGACUACCAACAACAGCCUCGUAUGACCUCAGAGAGGGGCAACUUAGUGUUUGUUACUGGAUCUGCCCAAAGUAUUGAGUUUAGGACUGGAACCCAGGGGAAAAUUAAAAUAAAUGAAGAAGACCUCGGUGAAUGCUUAAGUCAGAUCCAAAAAAACAAGGAGGAUAUUACAGAAUUAAAAAGAAGUGGCGUUGGUCUUCCUCACAAUGUUUCAUAUCAACUCACUCACAUCAAUUACCAGCUUAUGGAUCUUGAGAGGAGAUUUCAAAGCUUACAGCAGACAGUUCAGAGCCAAAGUUGCAGCAGCAACCCCUGUCAGAACGGCGGGACCUGCCUCAACCUGCUCGAUUCCUUCUUCUGUCUCUGUCCGCCAAACUGGGAGGGCCCUGUCUGCUCAGCGGAUGUCAACGAGUGUCAGAUUUAUGCUGGAACACCCAUGAGCUGCCAGAAUGGAGGCACAUGCUUCAACACACCAGGAAGUUACAGCUGUACCUGCAAACCUGAGAACUAUGGACCUCAGUGUGCUUCUGCGUAUAAUGAUUGUCAGCGGGGCUCGAAAGUUCUCUGUGUACAUGGCAUCUGCGAGGAUUUGGACCGUGAGCAGGUUGAGGUGCCUAAUUAUACAUGCAUCUGUGAUGCUGGAUGGAGCACAGCACCCAGCGGUACUGAUUGCACACAUGAUAUAGAUGAGUGCAGCCUUCCAGAUCCUCCCUGUUCUCAGAAUCCUUUGGUGGAGUGUGUCAACACCCUAGGCUCUUUCUACUGUGGGCCCUGUCCAAUAGGCUGGAAAGGAAGUGGUUACAGCUGUGAAGAUAUCAAUGAAUGUGAGACUGACAAUGGAGGGUGUUCUAUGGCCCCCAUGGUCCAGUGCAUCAACACAGAUGGAUCCUAUCAAUGUGGCUCCUGUCCUCCAGGUUACCAAGGGAAUGGAAAAGUGUGUACCCCAAUAAAUAUCUGCAUAGAGAAUAAUGGAGGCUGCCAUCCGAAUGCUUUAUGUACCCCUGGUUCAGGUUCUAUACCCACUUGUGUCUGCCAGGAAGGAUAUACGGGGGAUGGUUAUGGACAGAAUGGAUGUUUCCCACUCAGCCAAAUCUGCCAGAGUCACCCCUGUGUCAAUGGAUGGUGCAUUGAGACAGUUUCUAGCUACCAUUGUGUAUGUGAUCCAGGCUGGGAAGGCACCAACUGCACAGAAAACAUCGAUGAGUGUUCAAGUGAACCCUGUUUUAAUGGGGGCACCUGUACCGAUGGCAUCAAUAGUUAUACCUGUGAAUGUACAAGUGCUUGGACUGGCUCCCAGUGUCAGACCCCCCAGCAAGUUUGUGGAGGUUCACUUUCUGGGCUUAGUGGGUCCUUCAGCUACCCCAAUUCAGAGAUCAUUGGUCAUAAUGACAAUAUUAAUUGCUUCUGGGUCAUCCGAACAGAAGAAAGAAAGGUCCUGCAUGUAACUUUCCCGGUUUUCCAGCUAGAGUCAAGUGACAGGUGUCGUUAUCAGUUUCUUCAGAUUCAUGAUGGAGAUUCUUCAGGAGCAUAUCCACUUGGAAAAUAUUGUGGCUCCAAUCACCCUCCUGAACUAUACAGCAGUAAUAAUGCUCUGUAUUUUUAUUUCCACUCUGACCAAUCAGUGAAUGAAAGUGUCUUCACAGUUAGAUGGGAAACUCAGCAACCUGAAUGUGGCGGUUUAUUGACUGGUACUUAUGGCUCCGUAAGCUCUCCUGGAUACCCUGGGAAUUAUCCUCCUAGCAGAGACUGCGUCUGGAUCGUUACAACCACUCCUGGCCUGGUCCUAACAUUUGCUUUUGGGACCCUCAGUUUAGAACAUCACGUUAAUUCCAGUGAAGACUAUCUUGAAAUUCGAGAUGGUCCUCUGAAUCAUGAUCCUGUGCUUGGGAAAUUCUAUGGCACCUUGUUGGCACCGCCUUUGGACACCACUGGUCCCUUUGCCAGGAUUCAUUUUCACUCGGAUUCCUUAGGGAGUGAUAAAGGCUUCCAUAUCACCUACGUCACUUCACUUGUGGAUCCUGAUUGUGGAGGAAAUUACACAACUGCUGAAGGAGCCAUUAUCUCUCCUGGUUGGCCCAGUCCUUACAUUCACAACAGACAGUGCAUCUAUAUCAUUACCCAGCCUCCUGGUGAAAAGAUCCAUCUCAACUUUACCCAAGUGGAAUUAGAAGACCAGAGCCACUGCCUACAAAGCUUCAUUGAGGUUCUAGAUGGUGAAACCUUACUUGAAAGAUUGUGUGAAAGCAAGAUUCCUGCCUCCAUAUACUCUAUUUCCAACAGCAUCUGGAUCAGGUUUAAGUCAGAUCCUUCAGUACAAAAGGCCAGUUUCCAGGCCAAUUACCAAGUUGCUUGUGGGGGUGAGCUAACUGGAGAAGGGAUCAUUCGCACACCCUUCUAUCCCAGUGCCUACCCUCAUGAAAAAACCUGUGACUGGAAAAUCAGUCAACCCCAAGGCCAAGUGAUUCUGCUUAACUUCACUGAUUUUCAGAUUGGUGCUUCUGCCAGCUGUGACACCGAUUAUGUUGAGAUUGGGAACAGCCUCAUUAUGGACUCUUCUCAUAAGUAUUGUGGCCCAGACAAUCCUGGAUUAGUAACUUCCACAUACAAUACUGUCUAUGUCAGAUUCAGGAAAAGCGCCUCUUCUACAAAUUUUGGCUUCCUAGCUCAGUUCAGCGCUACAGACCUAGAGUGUGGGGAAGUUCUUACUGCCCCAUCUGGAUAUUUUAGCAGUCCUGGUCAUCCAAAUAUCUAUCCACAUGGUGUUAACUGCACAUGGCUAAUCUCUGUCCAGUCUGAUUACCGGAUCCAACUAACGUUCGAAAUAUUCCAUCUGGAUUUCCAUUACAAUUGCACCAGUGACUAUCUUGAAGUCUAUGAUGGUGGCAUGGGAACAACUCUUGGCAGGUAUUGUGGAAAAUCAGUCCCCCCAUCGCUCGUGAGCAGCAGCAACACUUUGAUGCUACGAUUGGUGACUGAUGCCGCCAUAGCUUAUGAAGGCUUUUCAGUGACUUAUACUUCAAUUGAAGCUUCACAAGUGUGCUUGGAAGACCAUACAAAUCAAUUUGGCUAUUUGUACUCCCCCAACUUCCCCAGUAACUACCCCAACAAUGUGGAAUGCAUUUAUACGAUCACCGUGGAAAGAGACCAUCAGAUCGCAUUGCACUUCACCAACUUUUCCUUGGAGACUGUUGGAGGUACAUCUUGCAUUGCAGACUAUGUUGAAAUCAGAGAUGGAGGCCAUGAAAACUCACCGUCUCUGGGAAAAUAUUGUGGAACAGAUAAGCCUCCAAUGAUAAUCUCCCAUAGUAACAAAUUAUGGAUAAAAUUUAAGAGUGAUUUAGUAAUAUCAGAUUCUGGAUUCUUGGCCUAUUGGGAUGCAUCAUUAACAGGCUGUGGCGGAAAUCUGACAACUCCAAGUGGCAUCUUCAUGUCUCCCAAUUAUCCAAUGCCAUACUACCACAGUUCUGAAUGCUUUUGGUUGCUCAAGUCCAGCAGAGGCAGUCAGUUUGAACUCACAUUUGAAGACUUCCACUUAGAGAGUCAUCCAAAUUGCAGUUUAGAUUAUUUGGAUGUCUAUGAUGGUCUGACUACGGAUGCUCAUCUCCUGGCCAAGCUUUGUGGAAAUGAGAUACCACCACUGAUUCGAUCUAGUGGGGAUAGUCUAUUCAUAAAACUGCGAACAGACGAACAGCAGCAGGGCGGUGGUUUCCUAGCUCAGUAUCGUCAGACUUGCCAGGAUGUGGUGAUUGCUAAUCUUACUUAUGGCAUCCUAGAAAGUAUAAAUUAUCCAAAUCCCUAUUUUGCAAAUGAGCGUUGCAACUGGACCAUCCAAGUAACAGCUGGCAACACAAUAAACUAUACUUUUUCAGCAUUUGAAUUGGAAUAUCAUGAAAACUGUGCAUUGGAAUAUUUAGAGCUGUAUGAUGGACCUCACCUGCUAGCCCGUUACUGCGGAGCAGAAAUCCCCCCUGCCGGAAAUACCACAGGGUCCAAGCUUCAUGUGCUCUUCUACACUGAUGGGCUCGACAACAAUGAAAAGGGAUUCCAGAUGUACUGGAACCUCAAUGGUUGUGGUGGGGAGCUGACUGGGCCUUCUGGCUCGUUUACUAGCCCUGAGUACCCAAACAACUACCCACCCAACAAGGAGUGUAUCUGGUACAUCCGCACAGCCCCAGGGAGCAGUAUUCAGCUCACCAUCGAAGACUUCAAUGUGGAGUACCAUGCAAGCUGCAGAUAUGACGUCCUUGAGGUAUACGGUGGCCCUGAUUUUCAUUCUCCUAGGGUGGCUCAGUUGUGUUCCACAUCAAGACAGACCCCACUGCAAGUGUCAAGUGCUGGAAAUUCAGUGGCCAUCAGAUUCAAGACAGACAGCAGCAUAAAUGGGAGGGGUUUCAAUGCCUCGUGGCAAGAGAUCCCCGGAGGUUGUGGUGGAAUUUUCCAGGCUUCCAGUGGAGAAAUCCAUUCUCCAAACUACCCCAGCUCUUACAGGAGGAACACGGACUGUUCCUGGGUUAUUCAAGUGGACAGAAACCAUCACAUUCUCUUAAACUUCACAGACAUUGACUUUGAACUCCAAGAUGCCUGUAUUACUGUCCACGAUGGUUCAGAUGCAGCAUCUGCUGUCCUUGCCAACCUUUGUGGAAGACAGCGACCUGUCCCCAUCAUCUCUUCAAGAAGUACCCUCUUUGUGAGAUUUCAGUCCACCAGUGCCAGCCAGAGCAGAGGCUUCCGGGCUCACUUCAUAGAAGCCUGUGGAAGCUUCUUGGUCACUGAUUCUACUGGUACUAUUUCCUCUCCUUUGUACCCGGCCAAGUACCAAAAUAACCAGAACUGCAGCUGGAUAAUCCAAGCUCAACCUCCAUUCAGUCACAUCACCCUCUCAUUUACUCACUUUGAACUCGAAUCCAGCCACAACUGUUCACGGGACUUUGUAGAAAUUUUGGAUGGAAAUGAUUAUGAUGCCCCUCUCCAAGGCCGAUACUGCGGCAGAAAUAUGCCUCUUCCUGUUACCUCUUUCGGCAGUUCCCUGACCGUGAAGUUCAUCUCUAACGCCAACAUCAAUUUUGUGGGUUUUCAUGCUACGUACACUGCGUCUUCAUCAGCCUGUGGCGGUACUUUCCAUAUGGUAGAAGGAGUCUUCAACAGUCCUGGCUACCCGGAUAUUUAUCCUCCCAACGUGGAAUGUAUCUGGAACAUCCCUAGUUCCCCUGGAAAUCAGCUCCAACUGUCUUUCAUUACCUUCCAAUUAGAAGAAAGUGAGAACUGUACUAAAGAUUACUUAGAGAUCCGUGAAGGAAAUGCCACAGGGCACCUGGUUGGACGCUAUUGUGGACACUCUUCAUCCUUCAAUUACACCUCAAUUGUUGGACAUGUCCUGUGGAUCAAAUUUGCCUCAGAUGGUUCAGGCAGUGGCGUGGGCUUUCAGGCCGCAUUUGUCCAUACAUUUGGCAAUGAUAAUAUUGUUGGAACUCAUGGGAAAAUUGCUUCUCCAUUAUGGCCCAGAAAUUACCCUCAUCACUCUAAUUACCGCUGGACGGUGAAUGUGAAUUCUUCUCAAAUUAUCCGAGGCACAGUCCUGGAGAUGGACGUAGAGAAGUCCACUGGCUGCUAUUUUGACAAGUUUAUGAUCCGUGAUGGUCCCAAUAUUCAUUCUCGACUUCUUGGAACCUAUUGUGGGACGGACACAACUUCCUUCAGCUCCUUUCAAAAUUCUAUCACAUUUCAGUUCAUCUCAGAUGCUUCCAUCUCAGGAAGGGGAUUUCUUUUGGAAUGGUAUGCAGUAGAAUCUGAUAUGGAACCUCUGCCUACCGUUGCUACAGGUGCCUGUGGUGGUUACUUAAGAACCAGAGAAGCACCAGGGUUCUUUUUCUCUCCCGGGUGGCCUGAAAGUUAUAACAAUGGAGCUGAUUGCAGUUGGGUCAUCCAGGCCCCAGAUUCAACUGUGGAGCUCAACAUUCUUUCACUGGACAUUGAAUCUCACUCGUCAUGCUCCUACGAUAAACUCGUGAUCAGAGAUGGAGACAAUCAGGCUGCACAGGAGCUGGCUGUUCUCUGUGGGCGAGAAGUGCCAGGACCCAUCAGAUCCUCUGGGGAGUACCUGUUCAUCCAUUUCACAUCUGACUUCAGUGUAACUGGCGCAGGCUUUAAUGCUUCUUUUCAUAAGAGUUGCGGUGGCUAUUUGCACGCAGGCAGAGGGGUGAUUACAUCCCCCAAUUAUCCUCAGGCCUACCCUCCUAAUCUCAAUUGUUCUUGGCACAUCCUGGUUCCAAGCGGUCUUACCAUUGCUGUCCACUUUGAACAGCCCUUUGAGAUUCGCAGUGGAGAUACUUCGUGUAGCCAUGGCGACUAUCUGGUGAUGAAAAAUGGCCCCGACAGUUCUUCUCCCGCUUUGGGACCCAGGGGUGGAAAUGGCCGUUUCUGUGGCAGCAAUGCUUUCUCCACUCUCUACACCACAGACAAUCAGAUGUUUGUCCACUUUGUUUCUGAUAACGGUGAUGAAGGUCAGGGGUUCAAGAUCAAGUACGAGGCACAGGGUUUAGCCUGUGGUGGCAACAUCUACCUCCAUGAUUCCAACAUCGACGGCUACGUGACUUCGCCCAAUUACCCUGCCAACUAUCCACUGCAUGCUGAUUGCAUUUGGAUCAUCUCUGUCCCAAGUGGGAAGCUUGUAAAGCUCCAGUUUGAAGAUCAAUUUAAUAUUGAAACAUCCCCCAACUGUACUUCCAAUUAUCUUGAAUUGAGGGAUGGAGGGGACUCCAAUGCACCAGUACUUGCCAAGCUUUGUGGAUCAUCUUUGCCCAGCAGUCAGUUGUCCUCAGGUGAUGUUGUUUAUUUGCGGUUUCAAUCUGAUGACAGCUCCAGCCAUGUUGGAUUUAAGGCCAAGUACUCUAUAGCUUUGUGUGGAGGAAUGGUCAUGGGACAGAAUGGUGUUAUUGAAAGCCCACAGUAUCCUGCACAUCCUUAUCCUGACAAUCUGCUAUGUGAGUGGUAUCUCCAGGGUCCAUCAGGGCACUAUCUCACGCUCCACUUUGAAGUCCUGAAUCUUCAAAAUUCUUCUGGCUGUGAAAAAGACUUUGUAGAGAUCCGGGAGAAUGAUGCUUCUGGAAAUAUACUAGGCAGGUACUGUGGAAACACCAUUCCUAGGGUUAUUUACACACCUAACAAUUUUGCUUUUGUCAAGUUUGUCACGGAUGGAUCUAUCAGUGCCCCAGGAUUCAGACUGGUCUUUGAAACCAGCAUAGAAGAGUGUGGAGGGGAUGUAUAUGGACACUUUGGGACAUUGAUUUCUCCCAACUACCCUGAUGCAAAUUUUCAUAGUCGAGUGUGCGAAUGGAGGAUCACUGUGCCAGAAGGAAGGCGGAUUAAUCUGACCUUUAGCGACCUGCGGCUAGAGGACCAUCAGUCGUGUGAUAGUGAAUAUGUGACAGUUUUCAAUGGCAUUAAUAGUGACUCACCCCAACUGGAGAGACUGUGCAGUCGUGUGAUGACAAGGAAUUGGAUCGAAUCUUCAGGGAAUACAAUGAGAGUUGUGUUUGUCACGGAUGGAUCUAGGCCCUAUGGGGGCUUCAGUGCCUUCUAUACAUCGAGUGAAGAUGCAGUAUGUGGUGGGCAACUUACAGAUCCCCAUGGAGGCAACUUUACUUCUCCUGGUUAUGAUGGCCUUAAGAGCUAUGCGAAGAACCUCAACUGCGAGUGGACCAUCAGCAAUCCAAAUGAGCACAACUCAUCUAUUUACAUUUCCUUUGAGCAAUUCCAACUGGAGUAUCACCAAGACUGCCACUUUGAUGCCUUGGAGUUCCGAAUAGGCAAUGCUGAUGGGCCUCGGAUAGCAAAAAUUUGUGGACACUCAUUACCCACAGUGCCCUUUGCUGUACCUUUUUCUCAGAUCUGGGUACACUUCGUAACCAAUGAACUUGUGGAAAACAUUGGAUUCCGUGCUCAUUACUCCUUCACAGACUGCGGGGGCAUACAGACUGGUGAAGGUGGAGUGAUCACUAGCCCAAAUUAUCCAGCCCCGUAUGGAAGCUUGAACCACUGUUCUUGGUUGUUGGAUGCUCCAGAAGGGCACACCAUCACUCUUUCUUUUACAUUUUUUGAUGUUGAAACCCAUGUCAUAUGUAAGUGGGACUCCGUCACUGUCUUAAAUGGAGGCUCUCCAGGAUCUCCUGUAAUAGGGCAUUAUUGUGGAACAACAAUCCCUAGGACUAUACAGUCUGGUUCGAAUCAGCUGAUGGUCAUCUUUAACUCCGAUCGUUCUGUGCAACAAGGAGGCUUUUAUGCUACCUGGACCACGCAGACUCUGGGCUGUGGUGGAAUACUUCAUUUUGACAGUGGUACAAUCAAGUCUCCUCACUGGCCUCAAAAUUUUCCCGAGAACAGCAGAUGUGAAUGGACAGUCUUUACACAUGAAAGUACACACCUGGAGAUCAGCUUUGACAGUAAUUUCCUGAUUCCCAGCAGUGAUGGACAGUGUCAAAACAGCUACAUAAAGGUUUGGGCAGGGACUGAGGAAACAGAAGCAGCCCUGUUGGCCACAGGUUGUGGAAGCGUGCCUCCCGGUUCCCUCAUCAUUCCAAGAAACUCCUUCACUGCAGUGUUUCAAUCCCAGGAUGCCGUAGGGCAAGGCUUUUCCGCAUCAUACAUAAGCAGGUGUGGAGCUAACUUCACGAGCCCUUCAGGUUACAUUGUUUCUCCUAACUAUCCAAGUCAGUACGGUAACAACAUGAACUGCAACUAUAUCAUCAAGGCAGAUGCGCAAGCUAUCGUCCUCUUGGAUUUCCAGUCUUUCCACCUAGAAGUGCCCUCAGCCUUAAGUGGAAGUUGUGUCAAUGAUGGAGUAAAAAUUAUCCGAGGUUCCCAGGCAACCUCCACACCCACUGCUACAUUUUGUGGUAAUGAAAUUCCAGGAAGCAUAAGCCUCACUGGCCCGAUGACACUCAACUUCUACACUAACUCUCAUAACACAGACUUCGGAUUCAAGGCAGCAUACAGAAUAAUUUCGUGUGGCGGCAGAUUCAACUCAUCCUUUGGAAUUAUCAGAAGCCCAGCCUAUUCACAAGCAAACUACCUCAAUGAUGUAAACUGCUCCUAUCUCAUCACUGUUAGAAAUAACAAAGUGAUUGCACUCAAGUUCAAUGAUUUUAAUGUGACCCUCUCCACCUUCUGUUCCCAAGACUACUUGGCUGUGUAUGACGGCCCAAAUACCAACGCUCCACUUCUUGGCAAAUUCUGUGGUUCACAGCUUCCACCAGAUAUCAAAAGCACCAACAAUAGCUUGUUCCUGGUAUUCAAGACAGAUUUCUUUGAAACAGCAAAAGGUUGGAAGUUAUCUUUCAGAGAGACGUUGGGACCUCAGCAUGGAUGUGGAGGUUAUCUGACAAAUGCAAGUUCCACCUUUGGUUCUCCCGAUUCUAAUGCUGAUGGCAGAUACGACAAGAACUUAAACUGUGUAUGGAUCAUAACAGCCCCUGUCAACAAAGUCAUCAAUCUGACCUUUGUGGCAUUUUCCCUAGAAGCAAGGUCUUAUCGAGGAUGCUUUUAUGAUUAUGUAAAGGUGUAUGAUGGUGAUAAUGAAAAUGCCAAUUUGGUUGGUACGUUCUGUGGUUCCACUCUACCUGCUCCUUUCAUCUCUAGUGGCAACUUCCUCACAGUUAAAUUUGUCAGUGACAUAUCUGUGGAAAGGGAAGGAUUUAAUGUCACAUACACCACCCUGGACUUACCAUGUGGAGGAACAUUCAAUGCCACCUUAAGCCCACAGACCACUGCAUCACCCGAUUCUUCAAACCCCCUUUUCCCACUGUCUGUUUGCACUUGGAUCAUUGAUGCGCCUCCCCAGCAACAAGUCAAGCUGGUGGUCCAGGCAUUUCAGCUGCACUCUGAGGACUGCUCCCAGAAUUAUCUCCAAAUUCAGGACUCCCCAGCGAAUGAUCAGAGCCCGGUACAUCGUUUCUGUAGCAAAGAUGCUUCGGCUGUACCUGAGUUUUAUUCUUCUCAGCGAACUGCUAUUGUGGUUUUUAAAUCGGAAGAAUUCCGUAGUGACAGUAGAGUCACAUUUACCUAUCAAGUUGCAGAUUGCAACAGAGAAUAUAACCAAGCAUUUGGCUAUCUGAAGAGCCCUGGCUGGCCAGAGAACUACGGCCAUAACCUGGACUGCUCCACCGUUCUCCGAGCCCCAUCAAACCACUCCAUCACACUCUUCUUCCACUCAUUCAAUGUGGAGUCCACAAGGGAAUGCACCAACGACUUCCUCGAGGUAAGAAAUGGGAGUGAUGGAAGUUCCCCAUUACUUGGCAAAUACUGUGGCACUCAGCUUCCUAAUCCCAUCUUCUCUAAAAACCACCUUCUGUAUCUACGAUUUAAGAGUGACUCUAUCCACUCAGGCCACGGAUAUGAAAUUCUGUGGACGUCAUCCCCCUUUGGCUGUGGUGGAACUCUCUAUGGGGAGGCUGGCUCUCUUACUAGUCCUGGCUACCCUGGUACCUAUGAGAACAACACUCACUGUGAGUGGACUAUUGCUGCUCCUGCCGGGAGAACCCUUACAGUCAGCUUUUAUUUUAUCAGCAUUGAUGAUCCAGGAGAUUGCAUCCAAAACUAUCUGAUUCUUUAUGACGGACCUGAUAUUAGCUCUCCAUCAUCUGGACCAUACUGUGGAGCGGAUACAAAUAUAGCUCCAUUUGUAGCUUCUACUCAUCGUGUCUUUAUCAAAUUUCAUGCUGAGUAUGCAGUUUCCCCAUCAGCCUUCCAAUUAACCUGGAGCAGUGUUUAGAUGUUCAAUGCACUCUUUUUAGUUGGCACUUCGGUUCUACUGAAGAG